CUUUUUUCCCUUUUUGUUAUCAUAAUUAUCUUUUUACCUUUUUAAUUUUAAUACAAAUUACAAUCAAUUACCGAAUUUUUAAGUAUUCAUUAAACCUCUAAUACGAAAUACUUUCGUGGAUGUGAAUUGUGGAUACUAUGGAUAAUUGGAUACUAUAAUUUCGACCAUUCGUCCAUUGCAUUUGUGAUCACCUACCGCAAAAAGGACAUCCUCAUUAAAUGGAUACAUCUGCUAUGGAUUCUGAGAUUAACACUCCACCAUCAUCCGAGACCCAAACCAACCCAGAAGUAUCUAUGGAAUUAGACAAUGAUUGUACAUCAGUACCCCAAGAAGAUGAACAACUUCCUCAUCGAGUACGAAUUCCUACUAUCGUAAAACGAAGAAAACAAUCGAUACAUAGCUGUAGACAGUCUCUGAAGUACGCUAGUCAAUGUCGAAGCCUUACUUGCCGAUUAGCAAGUUGUCAGCGUAUGAAACGCGUUGUGAAGCAUACCAGUAAGCCUUGUAAACCGAAAGUGAAAGGAAAUUGUACUAUUUGCAAGCAGCUUAUAGCCUUGUGUUUCUAUCACGUCAAGCAUUCUAAAAAUGCAAAAUGCGCUGUGUCCAUAUAUUCCAGUAUCAAACAAAAAAUAAAGCAAAAACAACCGCAGCGACGCCUGCAACAAGCUCGACUACUACGUCGCCGUGUACAGGAUAGUGAAGGCACAGUGCCCACAUGUUCGAGUAUUGAGCAGGAAACAAAACAAGAAAAACCACAGCUCCAGAUACAACACGAUGAUGCUCAAUUAAAUAGAUCUCAUAAGCCAUCUGAAUUCGAAUCGUCGUCUGCAAGUUCGAUAAUAGACGAGACACCUCAAAACGUCACCAAAGAAUGGCAUAAACUCAUUAAAAAUGAACUAAGGGAACAUUUGGUAAAAAAACUAGUACAAGCGAUCUUUCCUACGAGCUCCCAUCAAGCAGCGGGCGAAUCCGGUAAUGGUGGCUCUGGUGCAACUGACCAAGCGCAAAAGUUUCCAAGUAACAAUUUAAAUCGUUCAAGGUUGAAUUCACAUGUCGAUGACCGUAUUAUGCAGAAUUUAGAAACGUAUGCGAGAAAAGUCGAAUGUGAUAUUUACGAAGCUGCCAAUUCCAAAUCCGAGUACUACCAUUUGCUAAGCGAUAAGUAUUACAAAAUACACAAAGAAUUGGAUGAGAGACGCCAGAAACGAAAAGAACAACAAUUGCAGCAACAAAUGCAGCAGCAGCAGCAGAAACCGCAGCUGCCUCAACAGGACGUUACCAUCGAAUGGCGUAAGCUCAUAAAUAAUGAACUAAGGGAACAUUUGAUACAGAAACUAGUAGCUGCGAUUUUUCCUACGAGCUCUACUAAAGCAGCAGGAGAAUCUGAUAGUAAUGGAUCUGGUGUACCCAACGAAGCGCAAAAUUUUCCAAAUAACGAUUUAAAUCGUUCAAGGUUGAAUUCAAAUGUCAAUGAGCAUAUUAUGCAAAAUUUAGAAUCAUAUGCGAGAAAAGUCGAAUGUGAAAUUUACGAAGCAGCCAAUUCCAAAUCGGAGUACUACCAUUUGCUAGGCGAGAAGUAUUACAAAAUACACAAAGAAUUGGAUGAGAAACGAAAAGAGCGACAAUUGCUGCAAAAAAUGAAGCAGCAAAAACAGCAGCAAGCUCCACAGAACUCUAUCAAUGAAUGGCAUAAACUCAUAUCUAAUGAACUAAGGGAACAUUUGGUAAAGAAACUAGUACAAGCGAUCUUUCCUACAAGCUCUACUCAAGCAGCAGGAGGAUCUGGUGAACCCAACGAAGCGCAAAAUUCUGCAAGUAACAAUUUAGAUCGUUCAAGGUUGAAUUCACAUAUCAAUGACCGUAUUAUGCAGAAUUUAGAAUCGUAUGCGAGAAAAGUCGAAUGUGAUAUUUACGAAGCAGCCAAUUCCAAAUCGGAGUACUACCAUAUGCUAGGCGAGAAGUAUUACCAAAUACACAAAGAAUUAGAUGAGAGACGUCAGAAACGACGAUUGCUGCAGCAGAAACAGCAGCAAGCUCAGCAACAGUGACGGUUAACCGGUGCUUAGUUACUUCAGCAACAUUCUCAACAAGUGGUUAUGAUGAUAUCAUUAGGUUCAGGAAUGAUGUCUGAACCAAUUGUGUAGUGGUCAAUUUUCAGUGAAAUGUCUCGGAUUUUCUUCCUGUUCAAACACGUAUAUAUGUACCUGUGCAUUGUAUAUAGUCCGGUAUAUGACAAUAGGAGUAAUUGCAACCCCCCCCCGCCGAUCCUCCGGGACAACUUUUCUCUUAAAGGGGACAUCCUAAGGAACAUUUUAAAGCAAACUUGCCCCAAAAAAAGUUGGCCUGAAAUUUUUCAAACUUUACAAAAGUAGAUCGAAAGAUCAUGCAAAAAUUUAUCAUCUGUCAAAAUUUCAAGUGCUAAAGUGCGUUUUUCGAUUUUUGGUGAAUUUUUGAAAAUCCCAUUUUGGCCAAAAAUGAGAGAAAAAAUCAAAAUUUUGCCAAAUUGACCAAGAAAGCUGAAAUUUGGGAUAUACCCUAUUUUCGACAUGCCAAAUCGAUUGGAAACGGUUUCAACCCGUUUUGAGCAGGUCUGGAGCCUCCAGCAGAUUUUCGAAAAUCGAAAUUCUCACAAAAUUCCAUCGAAUUGGAGUUGUAAAGCUAAAAUUUAUUGUAAAAACUAAUUUCAAUACGCUACGCAGUACUGCAGGUGAAUUUCAAGUCGUUUUGGAGCCUCCAGUGACUUUUUGAAAAUUACUGAAACUUCCAGCAGAUUUUUGAAACUUUAAAUUUUCACAAAAUUUCAUCAAAUGAAGAUGAAAAGCUGAAAUUUACUCUACACUCCAAUUUUAACACCCUCUGAAGACGACUUCAGGUGGGUUCAAGUUAUUUUAGAGCCUCAAGCGACUUUUUUAAAAAUUACUGGAGCCUCCAGUAGAUUUUUGAAACUUGAAAUUUCCCCAACAUUAAUUUAUCAAAUGGAGUUGGCAAGCUGAAAUUUACUUCGCAGACUACAUGGAGGUUUCAAAUGGUUUUGAAAUUUGAAGCUUCCAGCUACUUUUAGGAUUUUCCAAAAAAAUGUCAUAAAACCUUUUAAAAAGUCGCUGAAGGCUCCAAAACGACUUGGAAUCCACCAGCAGCCCACUUCGUAGCGUAUUGAAAUUAGUUUGCAGAAUGAAUUUCGACUCUCCACCUCAGUUUGAUGAAAUUUUGGGGAAAUUUUAAGUUUUAAAAAUCUACUGGAGGCUCCAGUAAUUUUCAAAAAGUCGCUGGAGGCUCCAAAAUGAUUUGAACCUACCCGAAGUCGUCUUCAGAGGGUUUUAAAAUUGGAGUGUAGAGUAAAUUUCAGCUUUCCAUCUCCAUUUGAUGAAAUUUUGUGAAAAUUUAAAAUUUCAAAAAUCUGAUGGAGGCUUCAGAAAUUUUCAAAAAGUCGCCGGAGGCUAUAAAACGACUUGAAAUCCUCCUGCAGGUGACUUCGUAGCGUAUUGAAAUUAGUUUGCAGAAUAAAUUUUGGCUUUCCAACUCCAUUUUGUUAAAAUUUUGUGGGGAUUUUCAAAAAUCUGCUGGAGGCUCCAGAACUGCUCAAAACGGUUUGAAACAGUUUCCAAUCGAUUUGGCAUGUCGAAAAUAGGGUGUAUCUCAAAUUCCAGCCUUUUUGGUCAAUUUGGUAAAAUUUUGAUUUUUCCCCUCAUUUUUGGCCUAAAUUCGAUUUUCAAAAAUUCACCAAAAAUCGAAAAACGCACUUUAGCACUUGAAAUUUUGACAGGUGAUGAAUUUUUGCAUGAUCUUUCGAUCUACCUUUGUAAAGUUUGAAAAAUUUCGUGCAAGUCCUAUGUUGAAACGCAAAAUUUGCGAUUUCGGCUGACCUGUCAAUCAAAAUGGCCGCCAUUUUGUUAGUAAGGCCAACUUUUUUGGGGGCAAGUUUGCUUUAAUAUGUUCCUUAGGAUGUCCCCGUUAAGAAAAAAGUUGUCCCGGAGGAUCGGGGGGAGGGGUGCAAUUACUCCUAUUGUCGUAUGCCGGACUAAUAAGUACCUGGCAAAUUUUUAUUUAAAAAUAUCAUUGUCAUUUUGGAAAAUUUCAGUUUUUUUUUUUACAAAAAAUAUGCAUAUUUUUUAAUGGAAUUUUAAUGAGCUUUUUAAAACUUAAAUAGAUUUUCUAACUCUCAUUUCCUUAAAUACGGCGUACAUAACUUGGAAAUUUUAUCAAUGAGACUAAAGUUCGUCCAAGAAAGUAAAGUGACUUUUUUUAUGUGAUCUCGAUGAUUUCAGCCUUCAGGCCGCGAAAAAUCAAGAAUCUUUGAACAUUUUUUUCGCCUUGAAGUGUUUACGUGCGUAAUUUUUUUAAUUAUUUACUGUGGAAACGAGAUACCUAAGAAAUCUUGUAAAAUGUAUUUUUAAAUGUAUAUUCGUAAUCGUAACUAUGUUAAGUUAAGAAUUGAGAUGAUGCCAUUUUUAAUAAAAUAAUAAGUACCUAGUACAAAUUUCAA